UGGCAACUUCUGCGUCUCAAAGGAGGAGUCUCGAGGAAGGUAUUUGUCAGACACAGUCAGUCCCAUCAGACCUGUCGAGAAAGCAGGACGCAGGAUUUCUGGAGUUGCCACAACAGCAAUAGAUAGCAAGGAGCAGACGGCAGAGUUUCACUCCACCGAGAGAACUCGUGACAUAAUUCUGAAGGCCAGACCGUCACAGACGCUCACUUCCGACCUACCCGGCUUUUGGAGGACCAAGCCCACUUAGACCACGAAGGCCGGGUCCUUGGGUGGAUCCAGCCUCUGAAUUUGGACAGCCCUGGCUGAGGGACAGUUAUAACGUGAAACUAUUUGGCAUUCACCUUAUCACACAGAAUGGCACAACAAGGAAGCAAGUCAGUAAAAUUCCACUGUUCAGUCUGUCUGGAUCUACUGAAGGAUCCAGUCACUAUUCCCUGUGGACACAACUACUGUAUGAGCUGUAUUGAAGGACACUGGGACAAAGAGGAACCAAAAGGAGCCUACAGCUGUCCUCAGUGCAAAAAGAGUUUUAUAUCGAGGCCUGAGCUGGAGAAAAACACCAUGUUAGCAGCGUUAGUAGAGGACUUGAAGACAUCACCUGAAGAUGUUUCCUGUGAUGUCUGCACAGGAAAGAAGCUGAAAGCAGUAAAAUCCUGUCUGGUAUGUUUGGUUUCUUACUGUGACCAACACCUCCAGCCUCACUAUGAAUCCUCUGCCUUUGACAAACACAAGCUGGUCAAACCUUCCAAGGGGUUGAAAAGUAACAUCUGUUCAACUCACAAUGAGGUGAUGAAGAUGUUCUGCCAUACUGAUCAGCAGUGUAUCUGCUAUGUCUGCUGCAUGGACAAACAUAAACGCCAUGUAACAGUUCCAGUUAAAGACGUAAGGGCAGACAAAGAGAAAGAUCUUAAGAUGAAUCUGCAGGAAGUCCAGAAGAAAAUUCAGACCAGAGUGGAGGAAGGUAAAGUGCUUGAGAAAGAGAUGGAGGGGAUCAAACUGUCUGCUGAUAAAACAAUUGAAGACAGUGAGACCAUCAUCAAUGAGCUGGUGAGUUUCAUCAAAGAAAAAGGCUCAAAUCUAGAGCAGCAGAUCAAAUCCCAGCAGAAAGAUGAAGAGAGGCGAGUCAAAGAGCUUCAGAAUAAGCUGGAGCAGGAGAUCACUGAGCUGAAGAGGAAAGAAGAGGAGCUGAAGCAGCUUUCAGACACAGAGGACCACACCGAAUUUCUACUCAGGUACUCCAUGAUGUCAAAACUCAGUGAAUAUACAGAUUCACCAAGCUUUAAAAUCUGUCAAGUUAAGUACUUUGAGGAUCUGCAAACAGCACUGUUAGAAGCCAGAGAAAACCUCAAAGCAUUUCUAAGUGAGGAAUGGAGGAAGAUCACUCUGACAGUGAGAUCAGUGGAUGUUUUAUUGCCACAAAUUGAACCAAAGACCAGAGAUGAGUUUUUAAAACAUGCAUGUCAACUGACGAUGGACCCAGACACAGUCCACAAAAAACUCUUCCUGUCUAAUCAGAACAGAACUGUAUCAGACAAUGCACCAAAACCAAAUAUUUAUCCUGCAUAUGCAAAAACGGACAGGUUUUCCAUCCAGCAGCAGGUCCUGAGUAAAGAGAGUCUGAUUGGACCUUGUUACUGGGAAGUGGAGAUGAAAGGGAGAGGUCUGUCAGUAGCUGUGACGUACAAGAAUAAAGAUAACCUGGAUCAAAGUGAUUUUGGAAGUAACAAUAAUUCCUGGGCAUUAGAGUGUUACGGCGACUACUACAAAUUCAGACACAACAAAAUCAAAACUUCCCUCUCAGGCCCUCUGUCCUCCAAAGUAGGAGUGUACGUGGAUCCCAGAGCAGGUAUUCUUUCUUUCUACAGCGUCUCUGACACCAUGGCCCUCCUCCACAGAGUCCAGACCACAUUCACUGAGCCGCUCUAUGCUGGACUGUGGAUUUGGAAGAGUUUUUGGACUGACACCACUGCUACGUUUAAUGAGAUCAAAUAGGCUGUUUUCAUUAUUUUGUGAACCCAUCGUGUUUUUUUUUUCUUUCCUCACUGAUCAAAUGCCAAUCAAACAUCUUAGGCCAGGUGUCACAGAGAAAUAUGAAAUAUUGAUUAAAAUCUGAUAUAUUUCUUUGUGCACAGGAACAUGAAAUCCGUAGCAGCUUGGUAUGAUGAGUGCCAGUGUUUGCACAUGUAUCAUUAAUCAAAAUGUGAGAUUUGUUUUGUACAGUUUAUACUGUUGCUGUGAGGUUUUCUCUUUUACUGUAUGAAUCACUCAUUAACUUUCUCAAUCAUUUUUUAUUUCAUCCUUUCACUAUUUAAACAUUGUAAGAAAAUGACUGUAAUGAUGCGUUUGUACAGUCAUAAUAUGAA